AAUCUCGACGCAGUUCGAAAGUAGACUCGCGCUUGCUCGGACGCGCGCGCGCACUCGGUGCUUCUAUAUUCAAAUUUGAAAUUCGUCCGUUACCGAAAUAUUGUUUUAUUGCAUAGAAUUUUGAAUAGUGGCCAGUGCUGUGAUUUUAUAAGCUGAACUGAUUAGAUCUUGAAGGAUUGUGCUUACUAUUCUUAAAUUGGAUACCUAUACCGCUUAGGUGCGGCUGGAUUGUUAUUUUUGUGUAACACGAAUAAUGUCCCUGUGAGCGAUGGACACGCUGACAUGGUUAUCGUUGGGGCUGCAGUUGGCGGCGCUGUGCUCGAUCGUGGGCGCCCUGCUUUUGUACCUGCUGCGGAAGGUCCGCGUGGGCGAGGUCCUGCCCGCGGACAGCGCCAAGACUGUGCUAGUCACGAGUGUCGACACCGCACUGGGCUUGCAGAUCGCAACUUACCUCAGCGGCCGCGGCUGGCGCGUGAUCGCAGGCUGCCGGCAAGGAGGCCUUGGAGCCAGGCUAGCAGAAUCCUGGUUGCAAGCUCAUGCGGCCUCAACUCCUGAGGACCAACCGCCACCGCGCUUAGCGACUGUAGAGUUGGAUGUCGCCAGGGAAGAUUUGUUAGAGGAAGCGGCGAGAGCUACAGCGCAGCAUUUACCGGCCGGUGAACAUGGAAUAUGGGCAGUGAUCAACACCGCGGGCAGCAGCGGGCGCGGAGGGGCCUCGUGCUGGGAGAGCGCGCUGCGAACGAACGUGCUCGGGGCGCUGCGCGUUGCACGAACAUUCGCGCCGCUGCUCGCUGCUGCGGCGGUCGACCACCCGCACGCUGGCCGCUUAUUCUACAUUGGCCUAACAUCAGACACGGAUUGCGAGAGCCUGUCGCGCGGCGACGAAUGCGGCGCGGCCGCGGCCGCGGCGCGCUGGGGCGUGUGGGGCGCCGCGCGCGCCCUCAGGCCUGCGCUGAAGGCCCAGGCGCUCCAUGUGGUGCUCUUGCACGCGCCGGACUUGUCUGCUGCCGAGAUAUACUCGCCGCCGACGCAGCUGACUGUUCCGAGCCAGCCGGCCAGCCGGCCAGAUACACCGAGCUCGGACGUGAGCUCGUCCAGCACCACCUGCGCGGUCACCAUGCCGGGCGAGGCCACCGAGUACAGCGCCAAGGUGCUCCCCACCAGCGCCCUCAAACUGCUCGAGGAGGCCCUCACCACCCCCGCGCCCAGAGACACCUACUACCUGAAGAUGAAGCAUGACUCGUGGUUCACUAGGAUGCCGUCUUUGAGAGUCACGCAUUAGUUCCCUUUCUGUUAGUCUUGGUCUAUCAAUACCAAUGGGGUUUUAAGUCAUGCAUGUCAUAGACAGAUAAAUAAAUUCAUUGCGUUUGGGAUAGAGGACAUAUGCCAUGCAGAAAAUAUAAGUACCAAAAGCGGUGUGCAAAAAUGUGGUUUUAGUGUCUAUUUCCAGAAAGACGAUCUUUAAUUUAUUGAUCUGUCUGACCAUGACCAAAUUAUGAAGGAAUGUCAGAAUAUGAUGAGGAUUCGUUUUAAUCUCACCGUAAUGGGCAUUACUUAAUUUUCAGUUGUAAAGUUAGGUUUUACACAAGGGAUACUAACAUUAAAGUUAUUUAUGAUAAGCAUUAAUCUCAUGUAACAAUUAUAUUUACAUUUGUUAUAAUCUUAAAUUGUAAUGGUAUGUUCCAUAAUGAAUAACGAAGAAAAUGACGCGUAAAAAUACCUAACAACCGUUUGGUAUUGAUAAACUUAAAGACAAAAAUUAACUUAAAAAACUGUUUUCCCUUGAUUAAAUUGAGGUGAAGGUGCCAAAUCAAACGUUCUCCAAGUAUCUGUUUUCAGUUUUAUAUACUCACUUAACUAUAGCGUCAUGUUACGUUCAUUUAUUCGUCUUUCGUUAGUUUUUAAUUUUAUUUAUCGACCUCCUUAUCCCACAUCGAAGGCACGGGAUAGAGAUGUAAAGUGCCAAAUUUUCGUCUGGAAGGACUGACUUUUCGACUAGAAAUCAGAUUACAUGUAGACUGUACGGAGAAGUGGUCAGUCCCUUCAAAUUAUUACGAUGCUGACGGAACAAAGUCUGUCAUACACGAACACUUGCUGAACGGUGUAAAUAACACUUAGACCGCUUUUAUAUUAGGCAAGUAACAUUUUUAUAAAUCAACAAUAGGUACUUAUCUACUCCAUCACGAACAUUUUGCUAUGUGCGCUAUGGUAAAAGAAAAAGCACCUUUUUAAAAGAAACAAGAAUAUGGAAACUCAUUAGUGUAUAAUAUAAAAGCCGUCUUUAAAUUGUGAAUUGUAAAUAGCUCGAGCUCACUGUGCUAUGCUUGAAUACUUCGGGUUUUGAAUGAGUGCAGUACUAUUUUAUGUUAUCCAGUGAAAUGAAUGUGUUGAAUAUAUGAGAAUUUAUGGAAUCAUUAGUCUCGUAAAUUAUAAAGUUUUUGUCCUGAAUUGUACUCAAUCAUGCCGUCUAAUCGUUAGUGCUGCUACUGAUGGUUAAUGUAAAUAAUGUUUGUAUAUUAAAAAAAUCUUCUAUUAAAAGAA